AUGUAUCAAGAGGCCCGCCAUCGUUGGGCAUCAUCAACUAAUAAAACACUGCCCACGUCAACAACAACACUUGUUGAAACUCUUGAGCCAUUUCCUUAUCCAACUAAUAUCAAUAAUUCAUCAUCAUCCUCGUUUUUUUUACCAUUAACCACAAUGUCAAACGGACGUGAUCGUACAAGUGAAUUUCAAACAACAGUGAAAAGCUUUGCCAGUAGAAAGAAUGGCUUCGAUGGCCCUCAUCCAGCUCCCAUUAAUCGUCGUCAACAUCCUCAAUCUCCUGUGGAACAACGUGGCAUAUUCAUGCAACAAGCAAAAAGAAUUGGUCAUGAUCUAUCACAAACAUUUAUGAAAUUAGAACAACUAUCGUUGAUUGCUAAACAAUCAUCAUUAUUCAAUGAUAAAUCUAUGGAAAUUCAAGAUUUAACAUUAUCAAUCAAACAAGAUAUUAGCAAUUUAAAUCGACAAAUUGCACAACUUCAACAGUAUAUGCAAGAUACACAUGGAUCUAAAUCGAAAAAUACACAAGCACAUUCCAAUUCAGUUGUUUUUGUCCUUCAAUCCAAGUUAGCUACUAUGUCUAAUGAUUUUAAACAAGUUCUAGAAGCUCGAACUCAAAAUUUGAAAGAGCAAAAAUCAAGACGAGAUAAUUUCUCACGGAAUACCGUUGCAUCAUCAUUGACGUCUGCUCCAUCGGCUAUCAAUGGUCGACCUUCUGUACUUUUUCGUGAUGAAAGUCGAACAACAAAUGGAGGUGAUGCUGUUAUUGAUAUGGGUUCAGAGGGAUCGCGUAAUUCUUCCAUGAGACAACAAUUACAAGUUAUUGAUGAAACGGAUACAUAUUUGGCAAAUCGUUCGGAAGCGAUGCAAAAUAUAGAACAGACAAUUAUUGAGUUGGGAGAUAUUUUUACUCAAUUAGCUACGAUGGUACGACAACAAGAAGAACUUGUUCAUAGAAUUGAUGCAAAUGUUGAUGAAGCAACACAACAUAUUGAGGGUGCACAUACAGAAUUACUUAAAUAUCUUCGUUCAGUUACAUCGAAUAGAUGGCUUAUUAUUAAAGUUUUUGCCGUGUUAAUUAUAUUUUUUCUUAUCUUUAUCGUUUUUCUUGCUUGA